GCGAUCGUGAAAGGCAUGUACGUCAUAUCGCUAGCAGCCAAUGAACAUUCACCCCGCCCCACAUCUGGGGCCUAACUCCACCUUUUAGAAUCCCCGGACUCGCGUAAACCCUUAAUCCGUUCUGAGAAGGGAUCAGGCGGACAGGAGGGGUCCCUAGUUAUGGAGCAACAAUCCCGAAUCCGUCUUGGAGUCCCGAUAAACGCAUAAUAGUAUUGUUUUCGCUCCAACUUUUAACAAGGAAAUCAAAGAGAAAGGCGGGACAUUUCAGUAACAAUCCGGGACUGCGGGUUGAGCUGUCAAAAUCGGGACAGUUGGGAGGAAUAUUCUCCUAUUCAAGUAAAUAAGGACAGAGCAGAGUUCACUUUUUAUCAGGAUAACUCUGAUACAGCGGUGACAGCCGGUGCCCCAGAACUUUACAGGCAGAAUCUCGGAGAGUUUACCCUCUAAAGGAGUCCCGGGCCGUACGUCGGAGAGAUGGGCACAGACCAGGAGGAAACAGGCUACCAGAUACAGUUUAAUGCGGCAGUGUCAGUCAUUCAGAAUCUGCCUAAAAAUGGCUCCUAUCGUCCGUCUUACGAAGAGAUGCUGCGGUUCUACAGCUAUUACAAACAGGCCUCGGUGGGACCCUGUAACAUCGCUCGCCCUGGUUUCUGGGAUCCUAUUGGCAGAUACAAAUGGGAUGCUUGGAACAGACUGGGCAGAAUGAGUCAACAGGACGCCAUGCGCGAUUAUAUCCAGGAGAUGAAGCUGGUGGCACAGAAGGUCAUAGACACUGUUCCACUAGAAGACGCCUCUCCUGAAAUGUUUGAGCAUUUCCGCCCUCUGUACGAAGUGAUCCCAGACAUGCCGCGGCCCCCGGAAUCCUUUUUCAGCAUUGCCCCUGAAGAAACACCUUCCUGGGAAGCCGAGGAGAGACGGCAGCAGGAGGGGAGCGAAGAGCUGUCACAUUCACUGACACAGAACCCAGUCAGCGGGGGAACAGAUGUUUCUCAAGCAGGGGGAAGUCAGAGCAGCUCCACUCGCAGAGAGAGGCGCGGAGAUCCUGUAGGAGAGGAUUCUCACCCAGUCCAAGAUGAAGAGAGAAGAGGGCAGAUCUUGGGAGCAGAAACUGAAGACUCUCGUGACGGCGUGGAACAGUUGGAUUCUGAUAAGGACACCGAUGAUGAAGUUACAUGGAUAUACCCUCACCUAUUUCGGCCAUCCUGUGAUGUCACAGGCGCAGAUUCAAAUGUGCGAAGGCAGAAGGAAGACUCGCCCAAGGUCGCAAACCAUGGCUCUGAGAGAGAUGCCUGGCAGAUGAACCCCACUAGCGAGUACAACCUAGACAGUACUAGAAGAUCACAGAGCAGGUGGCGAAAGUCCCAGCACCAGCUGCACCCUCAGAUCAUGGCUACAGUGCAGUCCAUGCAGAACUCCAUCCAGCGUUUCUCUGAGCGUUUGGAAGGCCUGGAGAAAGCCCUGAAGGAACAGCAGAUGGUUGAACGUUCACGUCAAUACAAACCACUGAAACCCUGGUUCUCAUUCUCUGCUUCGUCCCGAACUCUGUUCUUCAUACUUGUUUGGCCGAUCAUCGUGAAUUGGCUUUUGCACAGAUAUAGAAGAAAGAGAUGACGCCCUUCACCCCCAUCCAUCAAGCACCCAUUUCUUCAAUGGACAUCACGAGCUUUCUUCUAGAAACAAACUGUGAAAUAGACAAUGUUUUAGUGCUUAUAUGUUCUUUCCAUAAUCAAUUCCAGGCACCCUGGAUACACCUACAGAGGAAGCUGGUACUUUGCACUUUGUUUUUAGGCAUCAGGAUUCACCUUUUCUCAAUAUUUAGCUGAUUUCCUGCCCAGGUCCAGUGAAAACAUCAUAUCACAACCUUGAGACUAUAAAGCCGACAGCAAGAGUAAGGAAACUGCCAGUUGCAUUUUAUCAUUAGCUGGAGCUCCUUUUGGACCAGACUCUCAUCAGCACAACAGAAAGAGGUUGCAUUUAUCAUACACAGGUUUCUAACAACAAUAUGCUGUGAUGCCGACAAUGUUAUCUUUUCUAGACCCAGGCUCUAGACCUUUGUUCUCCUUCCUCUAGACUCGUGCGCCAUUAUAGGAAUGUGCUGGUAGAUUAGAGUCUUGGGUGCCUUACUUGAGUGCUUUUCUUUCUGAUCUGAUCUUAUCUAGAGUCAGAGCAAUAUACCUCAGAGAGAACUUCCUGCAUAAUCACCAGUCGAAAACUAAGGAAUGAGGUAUAUAGUUGGCAUAUAAAAGUCAGGCAAAUCAUGGCAAAGAAGUCAGCAUGGGGAUGUUAAGGUGUUGGCUUAUUUGCAGGGAGUAGUAGUUUCUAAUGGAGAGAUGUAUUAAUCGCAUGGCCUUGCACAUACCAUAUCACCCCUAAAUGUGCAGUGUUGUGCAAUUAAGCAAUGGGGUGAGUAACUAUCAGCAGGGUCAGACUGGGCCGGAGGGACACUGGGAAAAAACCUAGUGGGCCUCACUGACCCAGACUCACCCCCCGUUCUGCUCCAUGACCUCCCCUACUGACAUCACGUCAACGAGGAAAAAAGUUACGUGAAGGGAGCGAGCAGAGGGAGGUUGCGGAUGGGGCAGGGGGGUGUGGGGGCCACUGAUGCUGCAACCCUGGUGGGCCCCUGGACCCCCAGUCCAACACUGACCAUCAGAACUUCACAUUGAUAUCAGUGCAGGGAGCAAACACUUACCUUUCACCAUAGCCCUGGAAACCCAGUAGCACUAAAGGUGGCCAUAGAUGCAAAGAUCUGCUUGUUUGGCGACAUACCCAAACAAGCGGAUCUUUCCCCGAUAUGCAGUGUCGGACUGGGCCGGCGGGACACCGGGAAAAACCCCGGUGGGCCCCGGGCUCUUGUGGGCCCCGCCGGCCCAGAUCCGCUACUUAGUGGGGCGGCACGACCCCACUUUGUUUGGGGUCGCGGUAUAAUAGAGUAACUGCGCAUGCGCAUAAAGGUAGCGCCGCACGCCUGCGCACAAACACGGCACCGCGCGCAUGUGCACUAGUCCCCUAAAGCACUCCGGAGCGGUAGCGGCAGCCGGAGGGGGGCCCUGGGGCAGUAGCCCCGGUGGGCCCCACGCCUCCCAGUCCGACCCUGCCGAUAUGCCAUUAACGAGCAUGGCUAUAUCGGCGGUAAUCUGAUUGUUCGGCCUUAUGGCUGAACGAUCCGAUAUCGAUGUGCAAUAGGCUCCAGCGGGAUCGGUCGGGUCAAAAUCAAACCUGACCGAUCUACCAAACGACCGAUCUCCGCCGGAUGAAAGCUGUUGGCACUCUCCACAGACGAUACGAAAAUCGUACGAAUCCUCUAUUCUCUAUGGCCAGCUUAAGGCUUGUCAAUCACUACAGGAAUUGCUGUGGAAGUAACUUUUAAAUAGGGAUUUUGGAUUUGGCUGAAUACCGAAUGCUGCUGAAAAAGGCUGCAUGCCGAACCGAAUCCUGGAUUCGGUGCAGCCCUACUUUUAAAUGCAAAAGUGUGUGGUUCCAGGUGGCACUUCCCAUUUCCAUCUGGGGGCAGCCAUCCACAGCUAUUUAAUUACCACUUCUUCUUGUACUGUGUAUAAUCAGUGGCCAAACUGUGGACCUACAAACACUUAUCUACAUGGUGCUACAUCUGGUAAAUGCCAUGGAGUGAUGCUGGGAGUUUUAGUUCCACUCUGUGGCACUUUAUUAGGAGAAAGUCACCUGUGAAGUCUGUCUCUGGUUAUUUUCAAAUUACUGCAAUGAUGCAACAAAUGCUGGGCCAGUGGGACGGCUGUUUGGGCCUCUGUGUACUUGAAACGCCAGGGCCUAUUUUGAAUCCCAGUCCGGGCCUGGUUCCAAUAACCAAUCAGAUGUGCAAACUGCACUAAACCACUAGAAACUGACUACUGAUUAGUUGCUCCUGAACCAGGGAAACCUACAACCUCUUGUAAUGCCGUGCCUUGGACGACAAUAUGAGUAAUGUACCUAUAAACCAAUCAGAUGUAUAUUUUCAAUCAGGUAAUUAUGCUGACUGGUUGCUAGGAGUUACUAGACCCUUCCAUGUCACGGAAUGACAUUGUGCUAUGGGUACAGCAUAUAAACUGCAGCUAAAUCUUCCUUCAGCACUGGGGAAUCUCUGUAAUAAUAAAAGGCUUCUGGUGCACUAAUAUAUAAUAAAUAUUUAUAUCAA